CUGACUUAGGACAGAAUAAAAUAAAGAUGGAGGGUAAUAAGGAUGAAAGCGAACGGUGUAUGAAGAUUGCCUUAAAAUGUAUUGAAGUAGGCGACGAAGAUAAAGCUUUAAAGUUUCUUAAUAAAGCCAAUAGACUUUAUCCGUCAGAAAAAGCGAAAAAAUUAAUAGCAUCUUUAACAGAAAUGAAUGGACAUGCCAAUACAGAAUCUAAAACAGAACAUGAAGGAGUUAGGCAACGUAAACACAGUCAUAGCAAAGAGAAAAGUGAGAGUAAUAAGGAGAAUGCAGCAAAAGAUUAUACAGAUGAACAGUUGAUAUCUGUUAAAAGAAUAUCUAAAUGUAAGGAUUAUUAUGAAAUAUUAACUGUAUCUAAAGAAGCAGAUGAAAGUGAUUUGAAAAAAGCUUAUAGAAAACUGGCCUUACAGAUGCACCCUGAUAAGAACAAAGCUCCUGGUGCCACAGAAGCAUUUAAAGCUAUUGGAAAUGCCUUUUCUGUUUUAAAUGACCCGGAUAAAAGACGUAAAUAUGAUUUAUAUGGGCCUGAGCAAGAAGUAUCGUCAAGUCGAGGUCGUUCCCAGGAAUAUGAUUAUUCUCAUGGUUUUGAAGGGGAUAUAUCGCCAGAGGAAUUGUUUAAUAUGUUUUUCGGUGGAGGAUUUCCCAGUUCAGCUACAGCACGUUCCAGACAUCGACACACGCAUAAUCAUAGAACGUAUUAUUACCAACAGAACCAGAAUCAAACUGAAAGUGGAUAUACAUUAUUCUUACAACUGGCACCUAUAUUACUACUUGUAUUACUAUCAUUAUUAAGUAGUUUCUUUGUUAGUGAUCCAGUAUUCAGUAUGCAUAGAACAAGUAAAUAUUCAGUAGAAAGAAAAACUUACAAUUUACGAGUUCCGUAUUUUGUAAAAGAAGAUUUUCGGCCUGAAUAUAAAGGUGAUUUAAGACGUAUUGAGAGACAAGUAGAAGAAGAAUAUAUAAGUCAGUUACGGUCAAAUUGUUGGAGAGAAAGAAGUUAUAAAGAAAAUAUGUUAUGGACAGCAAGAAGUUCGGGAGAUCCCAAAUUAUAUCAACGGGCACAAGAACUCAAAACACCUAACUGUGAUCAGUUACAAAGUAUGUAUUCCUGAUUUUAAAGAUGACUUGUAAAUAAUGUAAAUAUUUAUCUUGUUUAUGAAAUAGCCAGAUUACUGUAUCAACUGAUGUGACCUUGAACAAUUACAUAAACUUAGUUAUCAAGAUGGACAUCAUCCAAGUUACUAUUGUGUUUAUUAUAAUACAAAGUCAAGCCUCUGAUUAUGUGUGAGAAAACUUGUUCAAGUGUGAGUUCACCAACACUCAAAUGAAGAACCGGCUUAGAAAACAAAAACCAUUCCUGGAAAAAAAUCUACAUGAGGGUCUUGUAUGUUUUAGAAGAAACCUCACACUUAUCAUGGCUAGCAUAAAGCAAUUUUGUAAAUAGUAAAACACAAUUUUUAAGAAAAUUAUAAUACAUUUAAUUGUAAAGAUGACAGUGCACACUAAUUGUUUUAAUACCGCCUGCACUGUCUGUUUUGUUGAAAUUAGGUGAAUUGUGCAUUUGAAUAAUUGGUGGAAAAAAAUAUUUUGUACAUUUUCUGUAAUUAAUUAGGAAAACUAUUCAUGUGGAGAAAAAGAUUUAAAAUGUAUGAAUGAAUGAAAGUUUUGAUUGAAUGUAUUUCCAGAGUCUUAUAUUUGUGUUGUAAGUUGUCAAUAUGUAUGUACUUGUAAAAACGAUCUCUGAAAUUUUAUAAUAUAAUAAUAUAAUUGGUGUGUGUGUGUGAUAAGGAAGGAGUAUAUAUUGUAUAUUUAAUUGUAGGCUAACUGCCAUGUAUUUAUCAUUCUGUUGUUAUUUAUUUUAUAACAGAUUCAUUUUAUAAUUAUAGAUCAUUGUGUUAAAUGAAUAAAUAUUUUAUUCAGUU